CCACCUCACCUCGCCUCGCUCGCCUCGACAUUCCUCUAGCACGCCCUGUUGCCGAUCAUCCAGGUCAGAGACACUCUUCAUUGAUCUUCGUCUGGUUUCCAGUUGCAAAUCUUUUCACGAGACCUUUUUUUAGGGACCAUAGAGGCUCCUCUCUACUCGUAUGCCGGCUUGGUGUUUGCUUGACCCCGCUGACGAGCAAGCACUGUCAACUUCUAAACAAAAACCCGUUCGACGUACCAUGAGCUUUCCUCACAUGAUUUGACGGGAUUCUACGUAUACAUGACUUCUCAAAUGGGUUAUUGCAACAUCGGAAUAUAGUUCGAGGUAGUCUUGGCUGCUGGGUUACACUGAAUGCUCGUCUCUUAGAGCCAUGAAGACCAAUCUUUCGUCGCUCAUCAACCAUGCUAUCAUCGUCGUGCUGGCUCUGCAAAGCUUUCUGAUAACUACUCAUGCUUAUAUGCCACUAUCGGAUGAUUUCUUACGAAACAUAACUUCCGGUGGUCCAGACUUCGAGCCAGGAAAUGGAGCUAUUCUUUCUCCCAUUUUGACGCCUCGUGUGCCUGGAACUACCGGUCAUGCAUCCGUCCAACACCACUUCAUUAAUUUCUUCAGCACCCAGCUACCAAAAUGGAAUUUUCAGUGGUACAACUCAACAGCCAAAACUGCCAAAGGGGGCCAGAUUCCAAUAUCAAAUCUUGUUUUCAGCAGAGAGCCACCGUGGACGAAGGUCGGUCAAGCAAAUUGGCUGACACUAGCUGUCCACUAUGACAGCAAGAGCAUGCCACAAGGGCACAUCGGCGCUACGAGUGCUGUUCCGUGUGCUAUUCUGAUGCAUGUGGCUCGAAGUAUCGAUGGAUACAUGACCCAGAUGCAUGACGAGAUGAAUGCGCUUGGUGAAGGAGGAACAGUUGCGAUGGAUAUGGGUAUCCAGUUGAUGUUUCUUGACGGCACUGAAUCCCUCGAUGGAAGAGAACCGGCUCUUUAUGGCUCAAGAGACUUGAGCAACACUCUGGAGAAGAGCAUAAAUCCCGUUGGCUCUGGAUAUCCAAACGCACUGAGCCAGAUUCGCAUUUUUGCAUUGUUGGAUGGCUUAGGAUUAGCAAGCCCAACGGUCCCUUCGUACUGUCUCGUGACAAGUUGGGUCUAUGAGAAAAUUGCCAACCUUGAAGCAAGAAUGCGUAUCAUCGGCCUCCUGGAGACGACAAAACCUACUGGGUUUCUGUCCGAAGCAAACGCGACGAGCAUACAAGCUGGCAUGAUUGCAGAUUCUGUACCAUUCAUGGAGCGUGGAACUCCUUUCUUGAAUAUUCAGCCUUGGCCUCUUCCUACCAGCCAGAAUGCUCUGGAUGAUGCCUCAAAUCUUGAUUCGUCAACGGUCAGAGAUUGGGUAAAAAUUGUCACGGGAUUUACCUUGGAAUGGUUGGACAUGAUGGAGGUAUGGCCAGAGUAG